UGAUGUUCCAUUUUGUUGACAGCUUUAUGACGUAGUCAGUUUUCACUCCGCUUCAGGUUACUCUUAAUCUAGCAUCUCGUUGAAAACGAUACUGAAACCAAAUUUGCUAAAGAAAAUACAUUCAAAAUUCCGGAACAAGAAAGAAUGUCGCGUCAUCGUGAAUGGGAUUUGAAAUGCAAAGUCUAUGUUGGCAAUCUGGGCAAUAACACAGCCAGAGGUGACUUGGAAGCUUCAUUCAGCAAAUAUGGAGCCUUGAAAAAUGUUUGGGUUGCCCGAAAUCCCCCUGGCUUUGCAUUUGUCGAGUAUGAGGAUCCCAGAGAUGCUGAAGAUGCAGUUAGAGCCAUGGAUGGAUCGAGGAUUUGUGGUUCUCGUGUGAGGGUGGAGAUGUCUUCUGGCAGAGCCAGAGAGAGGAAUGGACCUAGAGGAGGAGGUGGUGGUGGUGAUCGCGGAGGUGAUCGCCGCGGAGGGCCCCGUGGCGGUGCCGAUUUCCGCGGAAGGUCUCGCUCACCCGUACGUCGUCGUCCAACCCGCAGCCCAUCACGUUCUCCUCCGCCACGUCGCCGAGCUUCUCGUUCCUUCUCCCGCGAAAGACGAUAUUACUAGAUCUCGCUCCAACAGCUAUGGCUACGACCGUGAAAAGGAUUAAACAAGCAAAGAAAAACAAACCAAAAUCAUCUAUAAACAAAAUUUGUUUCAUUCACUGUUGAACGUUCUCUCAUUUCCGUUUGUCCCGGACAGGAUUCUGUUGAAUUGAAAAGUGUGUAUGGACCAUAAAGUCCCUCCAAAUUUCAUUUUUCCUAGUAAUCAACUGGUUUUUUUUUUCUUUCCUUUUCUCCAUUAUUUCGAUGUGUACCGUGGUAAAUGGAUCGUUUCUUCUUCGACAGGCCAAAUACAAUGGUUAAAAACAA